AUGAAAGAACGACGGGUAGUUACUUCCUUUUUAACUUAUACCGAAGGAAGUGAGACUUUUGGUCAAGGAAAUAAAUUGUUGUUGUUAAAGCGUAGUGAUAAAGUCAGGACUUAUCAAAAUCAUUGGGCAGGUGUGAGUGGAGGGAUUGAGACCAAUGAUUCAUCACCCUUAGAGAGAGCAUUAAAAGAAAUUCGAGAAGAAACUUCACUUUCCUCUAAUGACAUCACACUCAUUCGCAGUGGUAAACCAUUAAAGAUCACGACAGAAAUCACAUGGAAAGUUUACCCAUUUUUAUUUCACAUAAAUUCCCCAACAUUAAUAAAUCAAAUUCGAAUUGAUUGGGAACAUCAAACAUUUAAGUGGAUUAAUCCAUCUGAAAUAAUCAAUUAUGAAUGCGUGCCAAGUUUACUGGAAACAUUACAUAGAGUAUAUUUACCCUUAUGCGUUCACGAAGGUUUAAAUGAUUUAUUUAAGAAUAGAUCUUCUGGGGCUCAAGAAUUAUCAAUGAAAGCUCUUGAUAUACUGAAAGAGGCGGUAAAAAGUAAGGAGUGUAGAACAAUUUCUAAAGAUACAUUGGAGUUGUGGAGAAAUUUGUUAAAUAUAUGUUGGCAUUUAACUCAAAUUAGACCAAAUAUGAAAGCUUCAAUUUCUUAUGGUAUCAUUAAUGUUUUGAAGAGAUCAAAGCAAUUUCUUCAGGAAGGAAAGAAAUUGUCACUUGAGGAAUUCGAAACCUUUGUAAUAGAUUUAAUUGAUCAAACAAAAUCAACCUUUCAAGAAAAUGAAAAAAAAAUUAAUGAAAAUUUCUUGAAUGUGUUAUUUCCCUCCCUUGGAGUCAAGAAAUUACAAGGAGGGCAAGAAACGAAUCCUCCGUUAAAAAUUCAUAUCAUUACAUUGAGUUAUUCUUCUACAAUUUGUUCCGCACUUUCCUCACUUAUUCAAAAUUUUAUUAAUUAUUCUUCUCAGUUGAGAGAAGAUUAUGAUUCCUCAUCUCUUACCAUAACGAUCAUGGAAUCACGUCCGUUAAAUGAAGGUGCGACUCUUGCAAAAAAGUUAUCAUCUUUUCUACCAUCAUCAACAAACACUCCCUCCCAUUCAAUUUGCAUACAAGUUAUAACGGAUGUGUCAUGUAAUUAUUUCAUGUCAUCCGUUACUCACGUUUUACUUGGUGCUGAUCGAAUCUUGGGUAAUAAUGGUAAUAUAAUAAAUAAGAUUGGUUCAAUGUCUCUAGCUUUAUCAGCAAAUUAUUUCAAUAAACCUGUUUAUAUUUUAUCGAAAUCUGAUAAAAUUGCUUCAUUUUCCUCUUCGGGAGAUGAGCCUUCAGGAGAAAUGGAACAAGAAAGCAAAAAAGAGGAAGGAGAAGAGAUGGAAGAAAAUGAUUCAACUGAAUUAACAAAUUCUUAUGGCCAAGAUUGGAUUGAUAAUAUCAGAGAAAAAAAUGUUUUGAUUAGAAAUAUUUAUUUUGAAAUGGUAGAAUCAAAAUUUAUUAAUGGUUAUCUUAUGGAAAUUGAUGAUGAUGUUAUCAACGUUAAUAUGAUAAAAGAAUUAUGGAAUCUGAGAAAAGAUUCCGAGAAAAUUUUUGAUGAGAUUUAG